ACCGGCGCCGGCGUCUCGUAACCCACUACAGCACUACAGCACUACAGCACCUACUGUCGUACUACAGAGACAGAAUCGCUCUGUCCUUUGUUCGUUAUUGCGUUUCUUUGCUUAGGCACCUAACCUACCAUUCAUUUCGUUGUCGUCUUUUAACUACAAAAGGUAGGUACACAUUAGGUACUUAAAGGUACACCAGUCCCAGUCAUUGUUAUUAAACCUCAACGUCAGGUCCUACGUUAAACCUACCUACCUACCUACCUACCUACACAUUAUAUAUAACCCUUUUAUCGAUACUAGAGCCUGUAUCUGCGUAUCCAAACGCACAUAAUUACAUGGUCCAUCCAGCCAAGAAGUCCACCUAAACACAGCAACCAUGAGCGCCACCGAAAUCACCACAUCCGCCACCGCGGACCUGCCCUCGGGCGAUCCCGUACCAUCCGCCAUUCCGCUGCCCGUCGCCAAGCCAAAGCCCUUCCCGAUCAAAGAAGUCAUCACGGCCGCACCCUCGAACAUCGAUGCUUUUCUAGCCCAUCUCCAGCGGUGUCUGCAGACGCCCUCGGGCAUCGACACCGCGCUGCUGUUCCUAUGCUACUCCUCGCGCUUCUCCGCCUCUAUCCUCGAACACCUGACCCGCCCCGCCAUCCAGCGCAGCGCCCAGCAACUCCUCGCUCUCGCCGCCAGUCUGCCCCCCUCCGCCACCCUGGUAUUCACCGCCAAAGCGCUGCCCGGCCGCAGCGCUGCCCUCGCCCUGGUCUUCGCUAAGCGAUUGCGCGCUCUCAGCGCCAUGGUGACCGACGCUAGGACUUUCCUCCGGUUGUGGGGGUUGCUGAACAUGUACUUCUGGCUCCGCCGCCUCGUGGCUAAGAAGACGGCGGGAGAGGCCGAGAAGAAGACGGACAAGCUCGAGACGGCCAUCUCCUGGUUCCAGCUGUCCACCUGCGUCGUCUUCCAAGCCCUCGAGAACGGCGCGUAUCUCUCCUCCAAAGGCGUCCUGGGCUGGGCGCCCGCCACCCAACGCCGUGCUUCGCUCUGGAGCGCGCGGUUCUGGGCUGCGUUCGUGGGCGCCGAGGUCGGCCGUCUGCUGUACGAGAACCGGAAGCGCGGGCAGCGGGCUCGCGCCGAGAAGUUCGCUGAUGGGAAGACGGCGGCGGAGGUCCAGGCAGAAGAGACCGAGUGGACUGCGACCUGGCGCAAGACCCUCCUGCGCAACCUCGCUUGGGCCCCGCUUACGCUGCACUGGAGCUCCGAGACGGGGCUGCUGAGUGAGACGGCCGUGGGGGCGCUGGCUUGCGUGCCGGGGGUUAUACAGAUGAGGGAUUUGUGGAGGAAGACUGCUGCCGAGUAGAUGGGACCUUUACUCACGUGAAAAGAAGCCGGUUUUAUAUAGACGCGUGAGCUGUCCAGAUUCGCUUGGGUGGCAGUGCAGGUUACGGAAGAGGCAAUACAGCCGUUGCUAGUUUAUCUUUAUUUCUGCUGCGCGGGGAGAUUGGCUCUACGGGGUAUGAUAAGGGAGACGUCGUGAUGAAAAGAAAGUAAAGGAGAAUGAAUGACUUGAGCGUGUAUUGGGAUUUAAUGGGCUUUUCGUCUAUUCUCGAUGUCGAUUGAUCUACGAAGAUGGUAUGGCGUGUAUAGAUCCGAAUACAUAUAAUACAAGAAAAUAGAAUCCAAACCUAUGUUUUGCUCCAGUUGUUCUGACUAGGAUCUCGGGGUACCAAUAACGUUUAUCGAAUAUCAAUCAUAACUGUCUGGGUAGUAAAAUAAGCAUUUAUUAUCUCGUUGAGUAGGUAUAUAGUUACUUUAUGUAUUAACUAAC